UACGAGGCAGGGAGGGACAGCAAACUUUUCUCUCCAAGCAGACGGCAAAGUUGAGCAGACGACGCUUCGCAAGCAGACGCGCCAUGGCAGAAGAAGGAGUUCUCAACAGUGUCCGACAAUUACUCUACAACUUCGCACUCGUUUUCUAUUACAUUUUGGAAGCGUUCGUUCUCAAACUCGUGCCUCGAAAGUAUUUGUACAGGAAGAGCAUUGUCGGCGAAACGGUUCUCGUAACGGGCGCCGGUAGUGGCCUGGGUCGUCUGCUAGCCGUCCGCUUCGCGAAGCGCGGUGCUCGUCUGGUGCUUUGGGACAUUGACCGCAGCGGUAACGAAGAAACGGCACGAAUGAUCAAAGCUACGGGUGGUGAAGCGUGGCCGUUUCAUUGUAACGUGGCCGAUAGGACGGCAGUCUACGAUACCGCCAAAGAAGUGAAGGAGCGAGUUGGCAGGGUGGAUAUCAUCGUUAACAAUGCGGGUGUCGUGACCGGAAAGAAAAUUCUCGACAUCCCCGACGAGAUGAUCCUCAAGACCUUUGAAGUCAACACACUGGCACAUUUUUGGGUGAUCAAGGCCUUCCUGCCGGAUAUGCUGGCCGUGAAUCACGGUCACAUCGUGAGCAUCUCCUCCCUGGCGGGCCUGGGUGGCGUCUGCCGUCUCACAGACUACUGCGCCUCAAAGUUCGCCGCCGUCGGGCUCCAGGAAUCUCUGGCCAUGGAACUGGCCACGGAGGGUUACACGGGCAUCAAGAGCACAACCAUCUGUCCCUUCUUCAUCAACACGGGCAUGUUCGCCGGGGCCAAUCCGGGCAUGUUCGGGUUCCUCGAUCCACAGGAGGUGGCAGACAACACGAUAGACGCCGUGCUCGCCAACUACGAGAUACUCAUCCUGCCUAAGGCCUUCUACACCUUGGUAGCUCUCAAGACGCUUCUUCCUUAUAAAGUGGGUAACCUUAUGGUACCUCUGCUCGGAGUGGCAAAGUCUAUGGAUGCCUUCGUCGGUCGACAGAAAUCAUCCGCCACCUAAGAGCCUUCAUCAAAGCUAUAUAUAAUUGUUGCAUGCGAUGAUUUGGAACGGAACGUACCUUUUGACCUUGUUUUUCUAUGUAUUUGUGAAAAACGUCGUUAUUCGGUCGAGUGUACCUGACGAGGAUACUGCAGGGAAAAUGUGGCAUGCAACUUUGUUAUUCAUCCUAUACACAAUUUAAAAACGUAAUACCGAAAAAAAAACUAUAAAAUCUCUAACGUGUCAUAAGGAACGAUAAUGACACACUGAGUCUUCGCAACCAAGGUGCCUCUUGUCCAGUCAGCCGUUCCGAAGAAAUACCAAUAAUACCAGUGAUGGGAAGGUUACUUAUAAAAAGUAACUAAAUAACAAUUACAACCAACGUAUGAAAAUAGUAACUGGGUUUUAGUUACUCUUCUAGCUGUAACUGGUUCCAGCUACAGUUACCAUGUUAACUUACCUUAUUACGCAAGAAAAAAAAGAAAGAAAAUCGUAGUGUUUCCCGAUAGAGACACGGUGCCUGGAAAUACUUUGGAUCAAAAUGCUUCGAGCGUUUUCGCAGUUAAACGUCCACAAAUGCGAUGAGUACAGCAAUAAAUCAAACUAGUCAUUUCUCCUGGACCAAAGACCCGAUUGGUGCUAGUCAGUAUUCGCAAGUAUUGGCGAACGUUACAGCUCGGAAGGUGCUGUGAUGAUAUGUUAAUGGUUAUGCAUUGUACACGUGUGCCUUACAGAUUGUUAUUGUUGUUGAGUGUUCUAUCAAGUUUGUUACAUAACCCUAAGAGGCUUAUUUCUCAACGACAUGUGAAGCAUUCAUUAUGUAAGUGUCUUUAGGUAACACGCUGUAUCGACUUUCUGUCCGGCUGUGGAUGUCGACAUCAACUCUUUUCAUAAAUGGUUCCCGAAAGCCAACAUUAGCUUAUCACUCACACUGGGAAGACAGAUCAGUAAGCCAAGUAACAGCAAGAAGUCAUCAUUUCUGAUGUCAGCCUGUUAUCUGUUUCUGUUAUUAGCUUUCAACACCUAAAAUUCGUCUUCCAUUGAAUGCGGUUUAAAGGGGUUGUGACACAUUGAUGUUGGUGAUUAAUGGCGUCAUAUGCGCAUUGUCGCCAGUGCAGUCAGUAAUCGGUAAAAAGUAAAAACAAUUAUUCCCCUAAGUGAUGCAUUUGACGACAUACAAACACUCGAAAGUACUGACGCUUCGUGCAGUGACGUCAGAGGAGCAAGAGCUUCGAUAAUUCCUAUUUGUUCUCAUAAGCACGUGACCUCCCCCCAGGCCGCUGUCCGCGGUUACCAGACUGCCACAGAGGCAUCACUUUCGGUAUUUGUGGUGACAUUUUUCUUUCUUUCUCUAUCUAAGCAUCAAUGACUCAUUUUGCUGCUGCAUGAUCACAUCGAUGCAUGUUGCUGUCUUUUAUAUUUUUCUUUUUUUCAUAGAACCCAAACCAUCACAUGUGACAACUGUCUAAGGUGCAUUCCCACAUGCGAUGCCGUCAGCUUUGUUCACUCGCCGCAUGGAGCCGGUUUCGCGUUAAUUCACUCGCUUGUUUCUUUCUCUACUUUGAGAUUAUGAACCAUACGUGCGUGUCAAACUAACAGAGGGACCACCACCCUCUGAACUACCUAAUGGUCAGUUGCAAGGUCAGUGUCGGCGCUGUUGAAAGCGCCGCAAGUGAAAAGUGUUGUGUGUUCAACCAAAGUGUAAACCAAAGUAAGCAUCUAUAUAUAUAUAUAUGUACAUUUUUAUACCUGGGUGGUGAAAGAAAUAAAGACGCGUUUUCCAGUC